AAGAAUAACUAGGGUUCCACCGACCCAUCAUCACGAUACUGUUACCAGGAACUAGCGAGAGGAAAAUGAAAUCGCAACCCACCUCCUCACCCCUUCGAUAGAUCGAGAGCCGAGGGACUCUCCGCAUCUCGCGAGGAGAGGCCGACCCCUUCGAAUGCAGCCGGAGAAAGAACCCUAACUUACGAUCCUCCUCCCGUUACCUCCUCGCUGUUUGCUUUCGAUCACCCUCCGUCGUUUCGCGCCCGAAUCGAUGUUCUUGGGUUGCUUCGCGGCAGAUCCCGCGCGGACCUGAUCUGGGAAUUCUCGGCUUCAAUGGACGUAUUUGACGAGUACUUCAAGCGGGCGGACUUGGAUCGGGAUGGGAAGAUUAGCGGCCCUGAGGCGGUCGCGUUCUUCCAGGGGUCCAAUUUGCCUAAGAACGUCUUAGCUCAGGUAUGGAUGUAUGCUGAUCAGAACCGAAUUGGCUUCCUUGGACGCCCAGAGUUCUAUAAUGCCCUGAAACUUGUCACUGUGGCACAAAGUGGUCGUCAACUGACACCUGAAAUUGUAAAGUCAGCACUAUAUGGUCCAGCUUCAGCAAAGAUUCCUGCACCAAAGAUAAAUCCAGUAUCGUCUCCUGCACCUCAGUUGAAUUCUGCAGCUACACCUACAGCUCCAACAAAUUCUUCGCGUUCACCUAAUCAGUUUGGUGCUACAUCACAGUUAAAUUCUGCAGCAACAUCUAUGGUCCCAACAAAUUCUUUGCCACUUUCUUCUAAUCCGUUGGGCACUGUAGCACCAAACACACCUCAAAAUGUUGGUUUCAGGCCAACACAAUCGCCUCAAAAUGCAGUGAUGAAUCAACAGUUCCCCACAGCAAACAGCAAUUUCAUGAGGCCACCUCAAGCAACACCUGCUGCUGCUGCUGCCCCAACUCAAAUGCAGGGAGGUAAUCUAGGAUCAACCACAGGAGGUAGUGUUGCAGGUCCACAUUUGCCAAGCUCAAGCAAUUUGAGCCUAUCAACUGAUUGGCUUGGUGGCAAGUCAAGUGGAUCUUCGGUUGGUGGAACACCUCAGACUCCUAAUAGAGGCAGUAUCCCCUCUCAGAGCCUGGAUGGUUUUGGCUUAACACUUUCAGGCACGACUGGAGUGCCUUCUAAACCACAAAUGAAAUCUGCACUAUCAUCCACAGUUUCGCCAAAACGUCUUGAGCCGAACUUACCACCAUCUAAACCCAAUGAGCCGAAUACUCCGGUUGUAUCUGGAAAUGAUUUUUCUUCUGACUCAUUUUUUGGAGCGAAUGUUUCUUCUGCUGCUUCGCAGGAAAAAUCAGAUUCUAAUAUACUUGAUUUAUCAGUGAAAAAUAUGGCCAACUCAUCCAGUGUUGCUUCAGUGGCUGCUGGUCCUCAAAGUUUCAUUAGGCCUGGACAGCUUGAUCCUUUUCAGAAUGCUGGGUUGCUUCUUCCUGCUGGUAGCCAGCUGCAACAGGCUCAGUCCAACGUCAAACAAAAUCAACUUGAUAACCGAAAGACUAGUUCAGCUCCGACUGCAUCCAAUGGUGCAGCUGGACUUGCAAGUUCAGCUCCAAAUCAGCCUCAGAUUCAAUGGCCAAAGAUAACUCAAGCUGAUAUUAAGAAGUACACUAAUGUUUUUGUCAAUGUAGACAAGGACAGAGAUGGAAAAAUUACGGGUGAACAGGCACGAACCUUGUUCUUGAGUUGGAAACUUCCUAGAGAGGUCUUAAAGCAGGUGUGGGACCUAUCUGACCAAGAUAAUGAUAGCAUGCUUUCUUUGAGAGAGUUCUGUAUUGCCCUCUAUCUAAUGGAAAGAUCCCGAGAAGGGUUUCCUUUGCCAUCAGUGCUUCCAAGUAAUAUUAUGUACGAUGAGACGUUACUGCGAUCCACAGGCAUGCCUUCAGCUGCUUAUGGCGUUCCAACUUGGCAACCAGGAUUACCACAACAAUCUCUUCGUGGAUCUCAUCCUGUCAUGCCAACAACUGGAAUAAGGGCCCCGAUACAGAAUUCUGACCCAUCACAGGCUUUUAGUGCAGCACAACCAAUGCAGCAAACCUUAGGAAAACCUGGACUGGAUAAUCACAUGCUAAAAAACCUCGGCAACGAUAGACAGACUACAGUGAACUUGAAGAACCAGGAAGCAACAAAUGUGGACAAUAAGGUUCAAGAAGUGGAAAAACAGAUCAUGGAUUCAAGGGAGAAGAUUGAGUUCUAUCGCACCAAAAUGCAAGAACUUGUUCUUUACAAGAGUAGAUGUGACAAUAGACUAAAUGAGAUCACUGAAAGAGCAUCUGCUGAUAGGCGUGAGGUUGAGUUGUUGGCAAAAAAAUAUGAAGAGAAAUACAAGCAAGUUGGAGAGUUAGCUUCAAAAUUGGCAGUCGAAGAGGCUAAGCACCGUGAUAUACAGGAAAGAAAGAUGGAAUUGCAUAAUGCAAUAGUUAAGAUGGAACAAGGUGGCAGUGCUGAUGGUCUGCUUCAGGUUCGUGUUGAUAGAAUACAAUCUGAUCUUGAGGGGUUAGAGAAAGCUCUUAAUGAACGUUGCAAACAAUAUGAUGUUCAUGUUAAGGCAACUACAUCAAUUGAGCUUCCUUUUGGCUGGGAAUCCGGACCAACAGAAGGGGUGGCUGAUUGGGAUGAAGACUGGGAUAAAUUUGAGGAUGAAGGAUUUACAGUUGUUAAAGAUCUAAUGUCAGUUGUUGAUACUGCUUCCGGUGAAUACCCCAAAUCCCCCUCAAUCUGGAGCGAUAAGGCUUCCAUGGACGAGACUUCCCCUGUUGCAUCUUCUAGAAAUGUUGAUGGCAAGAAUGAAAAGCUUUAUGAUACACAUGAACGUAUGAAUGGAUCAACCUAUGAUAACAGUGAAGAAGGGUUAACAAGAAGUCCUGGUAGUCCUGGAAGUACCUUGGAAAGCCCAUUUAACUCUACCCAAUUUGGAAUACAUGAUAAUUCCUCACGCACUAAAGAAAGUCAUAGUAGUGAUCAAGUUGAUGCUGAAUCUACUGUCUCUGGAGACAAGUAUAUGGAUGAACCGUGGACCUUUGAUGAUACUGAUUCGGUGUGGAAGGAGACUGAGUAUGGGGGUGGCGCUCAGAAUACUUUCUUCAUGUCUGACUUUGGUUCCAUAAAAUCAAACUCUCCAAGUGCUAGCAGUGUAUUUGAGAAGGAGAAGAGUUCAUUCUUUGAUGAUUCUGUUCCAAGUUCUCCAAUGUUCAACUCUGCUUCAUCAUCAAAGUUCAAUAGUGGGCAAGAAGACUACAGUUUCAAUAGUUUUGGCAGAUUUGAUUCUUUUGCUACACAUGAGAGUGGUUCUUUCACUGCACGAGAGAGCCUUUCUAGGUUUGACUCCAACGUCAGUAUGUCUCGGCCUGAAACCUUGGCGAGGUUUGACUCAAUUAGCAGCAAGAGAGAAGUUGGCAACAGAAGGGGUUUUGAAUCUUUCGAUGAUGCCGAUCCCUUUGGCUCAACUGGACCUUUUAAGUCUUCAGGUGGGCAUUCCCCGAGACAAGAUUCUGAUAAUUGGAGGGCUUUCUAGAAGGGGUACAUUAUGAGGAAAAGCUUUGGGCUUUCUGUUUUAGUGCAGAGAUGUGCUUUUCAAAGGAAAACGUUGGUUUCUUUAAAUUCAUUGUAAGUUUGGGUGUAUGCUUAGGCUUGUGUUCUCGUGUGUGCAGUAUAUAUAAUAUUCGUUGUUUCCCAAUGUUUUCUUAGUUGGGGUUGAAAGUUGGAAUAUUUUUUUUUUUUUCUCCACCAUAUAUGUAUGAGUUUGUCUUAUAUUAUCUACUGGACAUUCUUUAUAUGUUGGGUUAUUCUUUGUAUGUAAUCAGAGCGUCGGAAGGCACUUUUCUUU